AUGGCUUUGCUCCGGCUCUGGACCGCGGGGCUUAUUCUGGCCGUCGUAGCCUGGUCCGUCUCGCCCGGUGUUACCGAGGAGUCUGGAUCGGCGAGGAAGCAACGAGUUGCUGAGGAGAUUGUGAGGAAGGAGAGCCAUCCUGUCGUGUCACGGAAAAAGAGGGAGUGGAUCUGGAACUCGCUCUAUGUGGAAGAGGAAAAACCGGCACCCAUUCCUUACAAGAUUGGGCAGCUUAAGUCCAGUCAAAAAGUGGAGGUGAAGCGGUUUAAAAUCGAGGGAGAGGGCGCCGACAGCAUCUUCACAGUGGACCACAAAGGCGAUCUGUUUGUCAGCAAAUCUCUGGACCGUGAGGAGAAGAGCGCGUACCACCUGACCGCCAGGAUGUACGACGGCAACAACAAACUCAUAGAAGACUCGGGCGACUUUGUGGUCCAGGUGACUGACAUCAACGACAACAGCCCAGUCUUCCCCAGAACAUACAACGGAUCUAUCAUGGAGAGGUCCACUAUAGGAACUAAAGUGAUUGAGGUGAGGGCAACGGAUGCUGACGACCCCACCACCGCCAACGGCGAGCUACGCUACUCCCUGACGCCUGACGGUGACCUGUCUGCCUUUGAAAUCGACAGCAUAUCAGGUAUGAUUAGUUGCAAAGUGGGCACUCUGGAUCGUGAGACGAGAAGUCAGUACGUGGUGGUGGUGCGGGCUCAGGACAUGAGAGGAAUGGCGUCAGGCAGCACGGCCACCACCUCCGUCACCAUCAGCGUCGCGGACAUAAACGACAACAUCGCUUCUUUCACUAGACGCAUGUACGAGUUGCAGGUUCCUGAGAACCACAAGCUGAACUCGCGGAUCGGCACUCUGGAACUUGAAGAUCGCGAUCAGAUCCAAAACAAGGAGCCCAUCUUCUCCCUGCCCCUCGACAACAAAAUGUUCUAUGUUGAGAUCGGGCCCAGCAAGGACGGCAACCUUAUGCUCAGACAACCACUGGACUACGAGACAAGAAAGAGCUAUACAUUUAGCGUGCAGGUGAGGGAGAACCUGAGAAACUUGCGCUUUCCCGCCGACAACGUGGCCACUGCCGUCACCACAGCACAGGUGAACGUUAAAGUGUUGGAUGUGGAUGAACCACCGGUGUUUUUGCAACCGACGUACACUUUCAAAGUGCCUGAAGAAAGACUGGUCAACAACAUCGGCACCGUUAGCGCCAGAGAUCCCGACAAAGCCGCCAAGAGUAUCCGGUACUCCAUUUUAGACAAGGAUUGUCCAAUCGCUAUCAAUCCGAUCACAGGGCAGAUGUCCACCCUGAGGACUCUGGACCGCGAGCUGGAGGCCACGCACAUGUUCCAAGUUACAGCCCAAGAGGAGCCAAGCGGUUUGGAGUCAUUUGUCAAAGUCAACAUCAUCGUGGAGGACGUCAAUGACAACAAGCCUGAAAUGGACGUGGAUGAGAUCUUUGUAUGCGAGAAUGACAACGCCAAUACAGUUAUCGGGACAUUGAGGGCCACAGAUAUGGAUGACCAGCCUGCCUCGUUCUCCUUCAUGCUGGCUUCUCCAAGCUCCAACUUCUCUAUCAGGGACCAUGGCAACAACACCGCAGACGUGUUGGUGAAACAGGGGCCAUUCAACCUGGAUGAUCCCAGAGAUUACAGCGUGGAUGUGAGCAUCAGUGACGGGGGCCGACCCCUCCAGACCAGCGUCACCAAACUGGUUAUCAAGGCAUGCCGCUGUGACGCUAGACGCAUCCCAACGCAGUGCAAGGCCGUGGCGCAGAAGAUGGGAGUGAGCGUUCACGUUCUCAUCGCCAUUCUGCUCUGCAUACUCACCAUACUGGUGAUCGUCAUCCUAUUUGUGAUGAAGAAACGUUACCACAAAGACUCGCUGGCCGGCAUGAAGAACAGCGGUGAGAUUCACGAACAGCUCGUAACCUACGAUGAGGAGGGUGGCGGCGAGAUGGACACCAACGGCUAUGACGUUUCCAUCCUGACGUCGGCAUUCAACGAUGGUUCCCUCCUGCGGCACCCGGACUGCCUCCCCCACCCGUCACUCUACGCCAUGGUCCAGAAGUCCCAGCCCCACCAUCACCCACACCAAGUACAGCCCGCCUCUGCCUGUAAGGGAGACAUGGCAGCCAUGAUUGAGGAAAAGAAACACGACGCGGACCACGACCGUGAAGGCUUCCCUUACGACACGCUGCACAUCUAUGGCUAUGAGGGCCCAGAGUCCAUCGCAGGGAGCCUCAGCUCGCUGGGAAGCUCUUCCAGUGGCGGAUCAGACUCAGACUACGACUUUCUGAGUGACUGGGGCCCCAGAUUCAGGACCCUUGCUGAGCUGUACGGCGUGGACGAGUCGGAUUACUACCACUAG